AUGGACGUGGACAACAAAAAGGCCAACAGUCACGGGGACUUGGUCGUCAUCCCUUCGAACACUCACGGCGACGUUCAGCCUGUAUCUGCCGAUGAAGGAGCCGCCGUCCCAAGGCUGCUACGCAAGUUGGACUUUAUUGUCCUACCAUGCCUCACUGUCAUGUACAUCUUCAACUCUCUAGAUCGCAGCAACCUGGGAAAUGCAGCGACGGCGGGUCUGCUCAAGGACACACAUCUGAAGGGCAAUCAAUACAACAUCGUACUCAGCACCUACUACACCGCUUUCGUCGUCUUUGGGCCACUCAUGGCGGUCUUCACCAAGAUCUGUUCCGGCAAGGUUGCUCUCCCCACGAUGAUGUUGGGUUUCGGCGUCGCUUCGGCGGCUACAGCUUCUGUCAGAUCUUUUGGAGCCUUGAUUGCUUGCCGCAUGGUGGUAGGAGCAUUCGAGUCUGGGUUUUUGGCUUCAGUGGUGUAUUACCUUUCUACGUUUUACACUCGAGCCGAGAUUGCGAGUCGAAUCGCUCUCUUUUACGCCGGCGCAGUCAUCGCUUCCGCAUUCGGUGGCCUACUGGCUUAUGGAGUCUUCCACAUCCAGCACGCGGCGCUUCCCAGCUGGGCGUACCUCUUCAUUUUGGAAGGUUGUGUGACUUGCCUUUUGGCCAUGGCUGCCUACUUCGUACUACCACGAGAUAUUUCCCAUGCCUGGUUCUUCACGGCGCAGGAAAAAAGGGUCGCCGAGUCUCGCAUCCUACUCAACUCCAUGGACGUCCAGAGCACGAGGUUCAAUUGGCACGGAGCCCUGUCCGAGUUUCGAACAAUUCACUUUUACGCUCGAGCCCUGAUUGCCGUCUGCUUUGGCAUCCUGGCCCAGUCAAGCGCCAAUUUUCUCGCCCUCAUGACAGUACGGUUAGGAUAUUCUGUCACAAAGACUAACCUGUAUACUGUCGCACCGGCCUUGACUGCUGCGGUUUUUGUCGUUGGAUUUGGAUACUCGUCCGAUUACUUUUGCGAGAGAGGUUUCCACAUGGCGACGCCCAUGGUGAUCGGAUUGAUCGGAUACAUAAUCUUGAUGGUGGUAGAUGUGACCAACCACAAGGGCACAGGAUACCUGGCCAUAUUCUUCUGUACAAUCGGUGCAUACCCUAUGAGCGUCAUCUUUUCCGCAUGGACGGUGGCAAACAUCCCAGAUAUGAACGCGCGAGCCCUCACCACGGGAACUCUGUUCGCCAUAGGGUCGUCGACUGGCUUGAUCUCGUCCAACAUUUUCGUGACGAGCCAGGCGCCUCGAUACAUGACCGCCUUGAUCAUCAACGGCACCUUUUCAGGUAUUGUACAACAAGAACAACGGGGGGUCAUCAUGAAGGUUCCGUGGAAGGAGGAGGAGGAGAAGGAGAAGAGCUGA